CGGGGCGCGCUGCGCUGGGACAGCCCCUUCCACACGGCGUGCGAGGCCGGCGCGCCCGGCGCCGCCCGCUGGUUCCUCGGCGGCCGCCUCAACGUCUCCGUAAAUUGCUUGGAUCAACAUGUCCAGAAGUCUCCGGACAGAGUGGCUUUGAUUUGGGAGAGAGAUGAGCCUGGAUCUGCAGUGCAUGUUACAUACAGGGAACUUCUGGACAUGACCUGCCGUCUUGCCAACACCCUGAAGAAAUACGGGAUACAGAGAGGGGACAAGGUUGCCAUCUAUAUGUCCGUGUCCCCCCUGUCUGUGGCAGCCAUGCUGGCUUGCGCCAGGAUUGGUGCCGUUCACACUGUGAUCUUCGCUGGAUUCAGCGCAGAAUCCUUAGCCGGGAGAAUCAUGGACUCUGGAUGCAAAGCAGUCAUCACCUACAACCAGGGAGUCAGGGGCGGCCGAAUCAUAGAGAUGAAGACAACCGUGGAUAAAGCUGUAAAGAACUGUCCAAGUAUCAAGCAUGUCUUUGUGGCCCAGAGGACAGAGAACAAAGUCCAGAUGGGUGACUGCGAUGUUCCCCUGGAAGAAGAGAUGGCCAAGGCAGCUUCUGUGUGCACUCCAGAGAGCAUGGACAGUGAAGAUAUGCUCUUCAUGCUGUACACUUCGGGCAGCACCGGGAAACCCAAAGGAAUUGUUCACACCCAGGCUGGAUAUCUGCUCUACGCUGCUCUCACACACAAGUAUGUGUUUGACUACCAGCAAGGUGAUAUUUUUGGCUGUGUGGCUGACAUUGGUUGGAUCACGGGACACAGCUAUGUUGUAUAUGGACCACUCUGCAACGGAGCCACCUCUGUGCUGUUUGAAAGUACUCCAGUGUACCCUGACCCAGGUCGUUAUUGGGAAAUGGUGCAAAGGUUGAAAAUUAAUCAAUUUUAUGGAGCACCUACGGCUGUACGCUUGCUGCUGAAGUAUGGAAAUGAGUGGGUGAAGAAAUAUGACAGAUCUUCCCUAAAGACCCUGGGAUCAGUGGGAGAGCCCAUCAACAAGGAAGCCUGGCAGUGGUUCUACCACGUGGUGGGAGACGGGCGCUGCACUCUCGUUGACACCUGGUGGCAGACAGAAACUGGUGGCAUCUGCAUUGCCCCACGGCCUUCAGAGGAAAAAGCUGAGAUCGUUCCAGCUAUGGCUAUGAGACCCUUCUUUGGGAUUGUUCCUGUGCUGAUGGAUGAGAAUGGAAAGGUGAUAGAGGGAAAUGAUGUGUCUGGUGCGCUCUGCAUUGCCCAGCCAUGGCCUGGCAUGGCCAGAACCAUCUAUGGAGAUCACCAGCGAUUUGUUGAUGCCUAUUUCAAAGCCUACCCAGGUUACUACUUCACAGGUGAUGGAGCUUACAGGACGGAGAAAGGAUAUUACCAGAUAACAGGGCGCAUGGAUGAUGUCAUUAACAUCAGUGGCCACAGGCUGGGGACGGCAGAGAUUGAAGAUGCUAUGGCUGAUCAUCCGGAAGUCCCCGAGACGGCUGUGAUUGGGUAUCCACAUGAGAUCAAAGGAGAAGGUGCCUUUGCUUUCAUAGUGGUAAAAGAAGAGACAACUCAUAAAGAUCGUGUCAAAGAAGAGCUCAAAACUAUAGUGGCUUCCAAGAUAGCAAAGUAUGCUGUGCCUGACCACAUCCUGGUAGUGAAACGCCUGCCCAAAACUCGAUCAGGGAAGAUCAUGAGAAGGCUGCUGAGGAAAGUGGUUGCUGAACAGUCAAAUGACAUGGGAGAUACCACCACACUUGAUGAUCCAAGUGUCAUCACGGAGAUACUGGAAGCUUACCAGAAAUACAAAAAGGAGAAGAGUUCUUCCUAGCAAGCAGCUCUGGAAUCUCUGUCCUCUGGAAAUAUGGAGGGUGUCAAAUAACCAUGUAAACAGCAUGGGUUUUUUCUUGCUGCUUUUUUUUUGCAAAACUCUGUUCCCUUCUAGAAGAACAAGAUUUUCUMUUGUACAACAUUGCUCAAGAUGUCCUGAGCUAGGAGCAAUCUGCAGUCUUGCAUAAUCAAUUUGCUUUAACUGAGUUCCCUUUGGCUGCUUUUAGACCUGCUGUAGAGCAGCUGUUGGGGUUUUUAUAGGCAAUGAUGAAAUUAAGAGUAACUGAGGCAAAGUGAAGAUAUUAAUGUUUCUCAUUUUAAUGUUCCUGUAUAGGGAAAGGUUUUAUACAAUACUUCUGCUGUUUUAAUAGCAGCCCUGGAAUACACUCCUUCAAUGUUUCCUUCAGCUUGGAUAUCCAAGUUCAAGUAGUUGUAUUUAACUUCAACUCUGGUGCYUCUUCAGCGAUGGUGGAUAUUCCAGUAGAUAUUUUACAUAUGUUAGUAGAGAAAUGAGAAGGGUAUGGCUAAUCUGAUUUGAUAAUUGUCUCUUUUUGUUAUUCAUUUGUUCUGAUACCUCCUUGGGCUUUCCUUGCAAGGAUUUUUUUGCCCAAGAUGCCUGUGUCCUUUCCCACCCCACCUGGCCAACCCAGUACUAGCAGUUGGAGCUGCAGGACUGUGCCUUUCUCUGUGCUCUCUCCAUAUCCGCAGCACAUUGCCAGUUGAAUAGGAGGGACUUAGUCCCAAGUGUUUUUAGCCUGAUUGAAGAAACAGAUCAUGAGCUGAGUUUUYAAAGUGACCAUCCUCUUCCCCACUGAUGAUGCCAGCUAAGUCAGUGCUGGCCCACUGUCAUUCACUUUUGCAGAUCAGGUGAGGCUAGUAGAUCUCUUUAGAUACAACUAGUAGAUCUCUUUAGUUGAUCGUUUAUGUAGGUGCCUUUGUUUCUUGGCACCCUGAGAAGAGGACGAUGUUUGCUUUGCUGUCUCUCAGAGGAGCUUUGAGAAACAAAAUCUUGAAGUGCUCAAGAAAGGUUUGAAGCGGAGAGAUUUGGYGUAGGGAGAUUCUGCCUCUCUCUUGCUGGGGGACUCAUGGAGACCGUCUUACCUAUGUGAUUUGUGACCAAGUAAUGGUGAAAGCAGUGGUUAUUUUAGCCCACUUCCAGAUGGUCUGUAGUCUUUGCCACAACAGUGACAGGUGCUCUAGUGUGGAGAUAGGUUGGUUCUUCUGUUUCCUGGUCGGUUCUGAUUCUUCUUGGAAGAGCUGUCUUAAGGUUUUUCUUUUGAGCUGUACCUUCCAAAACCUACCAAGUCUGCCCCUUUCUUAUGCCACUAUGCUGAUGUUCCAAAGAGAUAACAGCCAAGAGACUACCUGCAAAUUCUACAAUGCACAGAAAACAAGGAGAAAGCAAAUCCUUUUAAUUCCUAGAUUGACUGCUAGAAAGUGAUAGUAGUAUUCCUGACCAGCAACCUCAGGAUAACAGGGAGCUGUUGUAAUAAAACAGUCCAUAUCUUUCAGAUGCUUUCAAAAUUGCAACAAAUAUAUUAAGUGUUUCGUUUCUGGAUUCUUUUGUGUAUUGUCAUGGACAAGUUUUGAUUGAAGUGCUACUUACAGUGUUCUGGGAAAAGAAUUCACUACUUGGUCUCCUACGUUAGGUCACUAUUAGGCAGCGUAGUGCUAGAAGGAGGCUGAAUCCAGCAGUCUGAUAUGGGGAAGGCUGCAGCAGCUCCAUGCGCUCGAGUCCAGCCACUAGCAAGGCUGAGUAUGCAUUUCUAGUAGGAAUACACAUACAGAAACAUGUAUACAACACAUAGUUCCAUGGAGCUUCGUGAUCUGGCCCACAAAGCCUCUGAGCAAUUGGCAGAACAGCCAACUUCUGCUGUACUGUUCCGGAGGUGGCGURCUGCUGAAUCAAAGUGGAUUCAAAUGCUGCUUUUUCCAGUGGGACUGCAUACAAGAGGGGCAGUCUGCAUCCCUAACUGGAGUUGGGGAAAGCAGUGGCUAAUUGACCCUGUGGGACUGGGAAGGGAUCAGUGAGGUUUUUUGGACAGCAGUGAUUCUCGUGCAGUACAGGGAAGCGAGCGCUUGCAGUACAACGUGCUCUUGGAGACAGGCGUGUUGUGAGAACCCAGAGUUCCUGUGCAUGUGCUAGCGGCAUGUGUUGGGCUUAGUUUACUUAAAUUUUCUCUAGGGACUGGGAAAUACAGUA